UGUGGAGAGGAGGGGGGGCCUUGAGGCGGGGUGGGAGCCGAGAGCGCCAAGAGGUUUGCGAGGGUGGGAGGCGAGAGAGGAGGGCCGGCCGGCCCCGGGAGGCAGAGUGGGGAGAAGUGAGCCCUGGGACCCCCCCGGCAACACUAAAAGGGACCCCGGAGAGUGGGAACCCCCCGGAGCCGCGGGACCCCCGGCAGCCCGGAGAAGGGGGACCCCCAAUGCAGGCAGAAGUGCCAUCAGGCCAGACAGGGGGGACCCCCCUAAUCCCAGAGAGCAGAGAUGGGGAAUUCUGGGAGGGGAUUUUGGGCUGAAUGUUGGUGUUUUGGGGUUUUUUAUGGACACAGGAUACCCGGUGAGUCCUAGAGCUGGACUUGGGCAGGAGGAACCCCCAAGGCAACGCGCUCACCCCUUGUUUCCCCCCCAUCAGGAUUUCUGCUUCCCAAAGCUUGGUCAGAUGGAGGAGGAGGCUGCGAGGAAGAGGAAGAUGCCGCGGGCUCCCCAGGCAGGUGAGGAGGAAGUCAGUGCCCCUUUGGGUGGGUCUUUUGUGGCCGUCCUGCCGGGGCCGGAGUUGGGGGGAUGUCCUUGGGCUUCCCUGUGGGCCGGAGGCAAAUCCCCUGCGUGUCCUUGUUGCUUCCUGCCCCAGGCCCCGAGGUGAGGCCGGAGAGCGCGGAGGACAAAUCCCGGCGGCAGAGCCUGGUGGGAGAGGCCGUUUUGAAGGGCUCCCCGGCGCAGGAAGGCAGCGGGGAGGAAAAGGGCCGGAGAUGCCCCCGCAGGAGGGGCUGCAAAGCCAGCCCAGGGGGCUGUGAGGAGGAAAGAGCCAGCGUGUGCCGGGAAGGCGGCCGGAGCUUGAGGCAGAGCUGCGAGCUGGUGGUCCCUGAGCAGCCUCCCAGCAGGGAAAAGCCCUUCAGGUGUUUGGAAUGUGGGAAGAGCUUCAGCAAGAGCACUGACCUCCUCAAGCACCAGCACAUCCACAGUGGGGAACGACCCUACACAUGUGGGGAAUGUGGGAAGAGCUUCAGUCAGAGCUCACACCUGCUCCGACACCAGGUGAUCCACAGUGGGGAACGGCCCUACACGUGUGGGGAGUGUGGGAACAGCUUCAGCCAGAAGUCCUGCCUGAUCCGCCACCAGAUCCUCCACACUGGAGAACAACCUUACACGUGUGGGGAAUGUGGGAGGAGCUUCAACCGGAGAGGCAGCCUCCAUGCCCACCUGGGCCUGCACUCCAGGGAACGGUCCUACAAAUGCUUGGAAUGUGGGAAGAGCUUCAGCCGUAGCUCUGGCCUGGUCCAGCACCAGAAGAUCCACAGUGAGGAACGGCCCUACAAGUGCCCCAAGUGUGGGAAGAGGUUUAGGAUCAGCUCCCAUCUCCUCAUGCAUGAACAGAUACACACGGGGGAGAGACCCUUCCGCUGCAGCGACUGCGGGAAGGGCUUCAAACGCAACUCCCACCUCGUCAUCCACUGUCGCAUCCACACCGGGGAGAGGCCCUACAAGUGUGACGAGUGUGAGAAGAGCUUCACUGUGAGCUCUGCCUUGAUCUACCACCAACGGACCCACCAGUAAUGGAAGCCCCAAGUGCCCCGACUGCGGGAAGAGCUUCGGCCGCUGCUCCAACUCCAUCAGCCAUCAGAGGACCCGCGUUGGAUGAUCCACAGGGACCCCCGUUGGGCACAGACCUGGUGACCAACAUUCCUGGUGAUCCAUGUUGGGCAGUGUACUGGGGCCUCGGGGAUAAUGUAUUUAAGGAGGAAAAAGUCCUUGUGCAGAUGGAAUUGGGUGCAGAGAGGAGCAGAGUGGGAAUAGGGGAGAGGAACAGCUCUGCAGACCCCCAGGGCAGUGCAGGAGGAGGGGCAGGAGGUUCUCCAGGCCUGGAGCUGAGAUUCCCCUGCAGCCCAAGGAGGAGCCCACGGCGGAGCAGGGGAUGCCCACAAAGAAGGAUGUGAGCCCGUGGGCAGCCCGUGCUGGAGCAGAGUCCCUGCAGCUGCUGCGGCCCCAGAGAGCUCCAAGGGUCUCGCUCAGCACUGCUGGUUGUGGGGCCACACAGAGGGGCUUUAGGCACAGGAAUUUUCCUUCCUGGCCCCAAUG